CAUACUCCCAUGAUAAAUCACUAUAAUGCAACCUAGAUACUUUGACAAACUAUGGAUCUUACCACUUUGUCUUGGACAACUUGUUUCUUUAUGUAUUACUGGGACUAGUUCAGCCUCAUCAGCACUAUGGCAACAUUAUCAAGUCAAUAUUCCUUUUACUCAAAACGCAUUCAUGUAUGGAUUGCUGGCGAUUAUUUAUGGAUCUUAUCAAUAUUACUGCGGACAAAGAAUCAUCAAUAAUAACAAGUAUCACCACAAUAGCAAUGUCACAUCUACAGCAACAUCAAUGCAACAUGAUUCAACCAGUCGUACUCAACCUAGACAUUCUCUUUUCGCAGUACUCGGAUUUUCUAUUGUUGAUGUCCAAGCCAAUGUCUUAGCUGUGAUUGCCUUCAAAAAUACAUCUGUAUUAUCAGCUUUGAUUAUCUCUUCUUGGACAUUACCAUGCAUCAUGUUAUUAUCAGCACAUUUCCUCAAGACAAGAUAUCAACCAAUACACUUUUUCGGUGUGUCUCUCUGUUUACUAGGGUUAUCUUUAUUGAUAUGGGGCGAUACCAUGACAACAAGAGAUGAUUCUCCCAUUGCGGAUCAUAGUUGGAUAGGUGAUCUUAUUUGUUUGAUCAGUGCAACUUUAUACGCCAUUAGCAAUGUGACAGAAGAAUACUUGGUUCAUUAUUUUUCUACUUCUGGAUUUUUGAGUCGGAUUGGAUUGGUUGGGAUGAUUCAAAGUGGUAUGCUGGCAUAUUACUUUGAAUACGAUACUUUGGUAACUAUCUCUUGGUCAUGGCACAUUGUGACCCUGGUUUCCAUCUAUGUGAUCUGUCUUUUUUCCAUGUACUCCUUGAUUCCUAUGAUUUAUCGAUUGUAUGGGGCUACUUUUGUUAGUAUGAGUUUGAUGACAAGUAACUUUUACUCUCUAUUGAUUGGCCUUUUAUUUUUGAAUGCAAAGAUGCCUCCACUUUACCCAUUGGCAUAUCUCUUAGUAAUUGCCGGGGCUACUCUGUACAAUUUGACACAGCCUCCUGUAUAUCAUCAACGUAUUCAAGACUUGUAUGAUCAAGAAUCUCAACCGUUUCUUCAUCAGCCAUUGAAUGCUUCCAUCCAUCGUCAUUCCCCACCAGGCGUAGCUUGAAGUUAUUUUAUACCUGUAGAAUGUUAUUUAUUUAUUUAUUUAGACAUACACUUUUUCUUUUUAUCAUCCUGUAUCUUGAUCAAUAAAAG